CUCAAAUCGUGGAAUACGGGGAGUUUCAUCUGAGCUUUUACAGUUUUCCUGCUCUGCUUCUUGUCGUGGAGGGAAAUGUUGGAGAGGGUCUUCCUCCUGCUGUGUUUUCUGCCUGUUCUGGCAGCAGAGACCUGCAAACCAAAUACUCCAAAUGGCCACAAAGUCCGGCUCAGCAUCAAAACGGCUUUGGGAGCUGAAGCCUAUGACUGGAAUGAAAACGAGCGGUUCCUUUUCCAAUCUACCAUGGCUUAUGCCAUGAGGAACUUGAAGGGAGAGAACUUUACAGUGUCCAACAUUGUGGUAUGUGACGAGACUCCAAGGGUGUCCUUCUGGUUCGUGGUAACGUCUCCCAAUGACCCUUCAAAAGUGGUUUCCAAAGGAGAGGUGGAAGAGGCUGUCAGAAAGUCCAGAAAUCGCAUCAACCAAGCCUUCAUGCUGUCAGACUCCACCCUGGAGUUCAUCGGCAUCCUCCCCACGCUGGCGGCGCCGGUUGAACCCCCCACACCCACAUGGCUGAUCGUGUUCGGGGUGGUGAUGGGUAUGGUUCUGGCGGGCAUCGUCAUUCUGCUGGCGCUUUCUUUCGUCCAGAAGAAACGAAAGAAGAACAAAAAGGCAGAUGUGGAGGAGGAGGAGGAUGAUGAAGGGACACAAGUGCAAACGGCUGAAAACGGCGCCACGAGAGUGGAUUAUUAUAAUAAUUCCUUUGCAGACGAUGAACGGUUCACUCACAUGUAGAUUUCCCAUAUUAAAGUCAACAUUAAGACGAGAUUAUAAGCCUUUGGAUACAUGAGGAGUUUUUAUGCAGACUUAUUAGCCUUUGCGGUUGCUGUCAAUAAUUCAGAUUAUAUUUUCAACGGAUUUUUGCAAACUUUUUUUGCUUUAUCAUAACUUGCUGACUGACUAACAAUGUUUGCAUGUGUUUUCUGAAACCUGCUCUUUGAUUCCCAAAACAAUUGUUCUGCUGUUUUGGAUGUUAAAUAAAUGUAGACAGAUUCAUGAUAUGUACAGAUGUAAUAAUUAUAAUAAAGUAACCUUACUUUAAAGAUUAUGGCAACUACUAACCACUAAACUAAGAUGAAACCCCGAUGUGUAAAAUUGUAUUCAAUGUUUUUGCAAAGUGAAUCUGCUGCCCUCUGCUGGUCAUUUAGGGGACACAAUUCUAAUUCACCAGAAUGUCAGAAAACAGGGAUGUCUGUUUGCAGAUGAUACAAUAAAACAUCUGUUUCUAUAAAACUGUC